GCGCAUCCGUCCAGCGUUCUCCGAGCGCAAUCGAACCGUGAUUGCGGCGAGGUGGACGGAGUGAGACAUCACCGGCCAAUUCAGCGCUGAAGCCGGGUGUCGGAGGUUCUAACGGUGCCGAUGGAGAACACACAGCAACUAGAUUCUAUGGCUCUUCAGUCUACUGAGGUGCCCCAAAAGGAGAUAAUGUCAAAGGUUUCCAAAGGGUCAGAACGUCGGCAGCGUUCCCGAAAUGGACAGAAGCUCUUCAUCUGCUCUGAGUGUGGCAAGAGCUUUAACAAAUAUUCACACCUCAAACUGCAUCUGCUGGUGCAUACAGGGGAAAAGCCCUUUAAAUGCCGUGUCUGUGAGAAGGAUUUCAAUCACCCAUCCAGCCUCCGGAAACAUGAGAUCACACACACAGGAGAGAAGCCAUUCAAAUGCUCUGACUGUGAAAAGAGUUUCAAUGACUCGUCAAAUCUGUCCCGUCACAAACGCAUUCACAGUGGUGAGAAGCCAUUCAAAUGCAACAUGUGUGAGAAAGAAUUCACUUACUCUCACCAUCUAUUGUCACACCAGCGCACACAUACAGGAGAGAAGCCAUAUCAGUGCCCAACAUGCAAGAAAGAAUUCAGCCAAUCCUCCUCAUUAGUGAUGCACCAGCGGACACAUGCUGACAAGAGGCCCUAUAAGUGUGGCGCAUGUGGGAAGAGGUUCCAGUUGUCACGCCAUUUGGUGAAUCAUCGUUGCACACAUGCAGGAGAAAAACCACUGGAAUACAAGAAAGAGUUCAAGCGGGAUUCUAGUUUGGCAAAACAUAAGCGGCUCAUUACAGGAGAGCUGCUAUCUAAAUGUACCUUUUGUAGCAAGAUGUUCCGUCUGUCACACAACCUAAUGAACCAGAAGCAUUUGCGUGCUGGUGAGAAGCCAUAUCAAUGCUCUGCAUGUAGGCUUAAGUUCAACCAGCGCUCAACUCUGAUGAAGUAUCAACAUGUAGGGGAGAAACCACAUUUGUGUUCCAUUUGUGACAAAGGGUUCAAGGGCUCCAGCACACUGACACACCACAUCAUUACUGGCAGCAGCCCUCAUCAUUGCACUGGCUGUGGAAAGAGUUUCAAGAACUCAUCCAAUCACAUUCAGCACCAGGCUGUGCGCAUGGAAGAACGGCCAUAUAGACUUGCUGGUUACAGGAAGAGCUUCAAGCGUGCGUAUAAAGGGUGCACACAGUUUAUUGAACCAUCAGAACGUUCACACAGGAAGGACUCCAUCCAAAUGUACGAGAUGCAGGAAAGCCUUUAGAAACUCUUCCAACCUGUUACAUCACCAGCAUAUCACAAUACUUGAGAUCUUGUCAUUCACCUUUUCUCCCUGCACUUUCCCAUAACGGUUAUGAACAAUAUCACCUGGAUGAGACAUUGGCUUUGAUUCUUCACAAUUUCCCUUCCCCUUGCUGUAUGAUGAAACAGGAAUUGCAAUGUGUUUUUUGAAGAAGGUUUUGACCCACUGAAAAAUAUGGGUUAAGACAUUUUGAGCAAGUUGUUUAUUUCAGUAUUGGCAAUUUCUUUGGCACUUGCUUACAAAAACUGGGACUGUUUUUGACAUUGACUGUUUGUUUGUAGGCUAUCUUUAAAUUUCUGGCGUGUUCCACUCCAUGGCCCAUGCGUGGAACACCCUUGUGGGCCUCAUUUUGUUGCUCUGAAGUACAGGAUCAGUCUCUAAUAAUGGCCUAUAGCUUUUGAGCUUGGGAGGUAUGGGCUGCCAGGCAUUCAGCAAAUGAUGCAUCUCACCAGAUCUGCCUUUUAAGCUUUCUUGAGACUUCAUGAGCAGAUGGAGAUUCUGCUGCUAAAACUAUGGACAGAGACCUGGGAUUACCAGGUCGUGCUCUUUUUUUUCUGCUAAGCCAUGAUGGGGUUGCUGGACGUCCACCCUAAAUGGCUUCAAGUCAGGGCCAGUGUUUGAACAUUUUGUUUCCAUGGAACAGGUAUUUAUACUGCAAAAGCAGCUCCUUCCUAAGUCUGCCUAUGUCAUUUUCUUCAAAUUAUUGUUUUCUUUUCAGGGAAUAUUGUUGAAAUAUGCAGGAAAGAACAUGGAGAAAUAAAGAAAAAUUUGGUCUUUGCAGAAUCUUCAUAAAGAAGUGUUGUCAGCAGUUGUAUUUCACUACUGGUGCCAAUAUGCAAUAGGAAAAAUUAAGGCGCCUCAUUUUUAAUUUUGCUUUGUGUGAUGUAUGGUAAAUCUAACUCAUUAUCAGAUCAUGAACUGUAAGUGGUUCUUUUCUAGUUUUAUGCAACUCAAUGUUUAGAAAGCCAGACUUUUUAAUUUUGCUGUAUGGUAGGAAUAUUUCUCACACGCACCAUCACAUAAUGCUGAAAUCCUUUUGAUAUCAUUGGGAAUUAGAUUUUUUUUUCUUUCCAUUUGUUUGAGUGAAAAGAGCAAAGAAAAUAUUUAACAGUUACUAUUUAAAAGGUGGUCUAUCUGUAUUGAUUCAUUGAAUGUGCCCUAUUUUUGGAAUUUGCCUCUUUAGGGCCACAUAGGUGGCUCGAGCAAUUAAAGUAGCAGUGAGCCCUUAAUCUGGCUCUCUAUCUGCCAACUCUGCAUCCAUGCAUGCAUGGGCAUGGGCUAAAAGGAGACUGUUCUUCCAUGGUAUCUUCAAAUGCAUAGAACACCAGAACACCUCAGAUUAAGUAUCUGCAUUGAGGCUUAAAUAUAGAACCAUAGAAACUUGUAGUACACCAGGAGCACAUUUGGCCUGUUAUUUGAAAGAGCAGCUGUGCUUAGUUCUGAGUGCACACUUUCUCUCUAAUUUGACAAUUUCCUCAUCCACAAGCAUCUAUCCCAUUUCCUUUUCAAAUAUUUAUGGAACCAGGUUCUACCUUUUUAAAUAAUACAUUCUAGACCAUGGCAGCAGACUUUAUUUUAUAAAGCACUAAUUGCCCAUCUCCUUGAAUUGUUAUCAUUAUUACUUUAUGACUACUUUGACCCACUUGCCAGAGUGACAUUUUUCCUUCAACUCUCAAAACCUCUACCUUCACAGAAGGACAAUCCUAAUUUAUGAACUCUCUGCUUCAUUUAAGGAGCUGCACAAUGGAUACCUUUUCAGAACUCCUCCUGUCUGUCCUCAUCACACUUGAAAAUAUUUUGCCCACACUAGAUCCUCCUUCAGCACUAACAGCAUUCAACUAGUUUGACACAACUCAUCAUUCUCAAUGUCAUUCUGUAACCCUGCUAAAGACUCGCCUCUCACAGAUAGCCAAAUUCUAUAGUACACCAUUUUUUGAGGCUAAUUUAAUAACGCAUUCAUAUAUUUUCUUUCCCCACGCACUUUUGAGUGCCAAUAACUUACUAACCUACUCCUCUGACUAAGGUCUGUAUCUUUUACUCAUGACUUUGGUCUUACCACAUAAUCCAUUUGUCCCAAAGCAUUCAUAGAAUUGUAAAUUGCUGGAUGGUUGUGUCUCUUGUGCUGCUCCAGCCAAUCUUGGAAACAAAAGUUUUAUUAUGAAGGGCACAAGGAAAAUGUUCACUCUGCUCAAGUCCCUCACUAAAACCAACCUGACCAAGUCCCUUAACCUCAGUAAUAAAAAUAGAAAAUGCUGGUACACUCAGCAGGUCAGGCAGCAUCUGUGGAAAGUGAAACAGAAUUUACAUUUUGGGUCGAAGACCAUCAGAAUUGGGAAUGGGAGGGGAAAAAAAGUUACUGUAAUGUCUAGGUAUUCCUCUGGACCUUUAGAUUUUGGUCUUUGUAUGUUAUCUGGAAUGUUGUGUCUAUAAUACUCCAAUUGAGACCAAAAUAGUAAUUUUGAAAGUUAUAGAAUAGUUUCUGCUAUAUUUAUUCCUUUAUUAAUAAGUAAACCCAAGUAAACCACAUUCUUUACUUUUGAUUACCAUAGCAAUUUGCCUUGUCAACCUUAAGGAUGUAUUUAUUUGCACACUACACAUUUCAAACUGGUUGUAAUUUAGGUUUGAUCUUCCCUGAAGCAGGUCCACAAUGAAUGCCAUCCACUGGGCUUGUGUACAUUUUUUUUACUAGCCUGUACCUGUCCCCACACAACAUACUACUUUGCCAAGUUUUGCAUUGUUUGCAGAUCAGUCCUUGGGACCAUCCUUUAUUGAAAAGAAUAAUUGAUCCAAAAGUGACACUUGGGGAGUAUCACUGCAGACCAGCAUAAUUUGAAAAAAUAUCUAUCACUACACUUACUGCCAUUGAGCUAGUUUUGUAUCCACGCUGUUGUUUCCUCUGAAUUCCAUAGGUUUCCAUUUUCUUAAUAUGACUCCUUGUAAAUGUUAUUAAAUGCCUUCCAAUACCCUAUAAACACUACUAAAGCACUAGCUUGAUCAACAUUUUUACUGAUAUCUCUUUAAAUAAUUGCAUCAAGUUAGACACUGUAACAAAUCUGUGCUUGCUCUCCUUUGUUAACAUUCUCUCCGAAUGUAUUUAUUUUGUCUAAUUUGUUAAUUUCCAAUGACUGCCCUGCCUCCAUUUUUAGGCUGAAUGACUGACUGUUUUUCUCCUUUUGGGUAGGUACACACUAGUAGAAACUCUCUCAUCCUCUUAUCAGUCCAGCUGGUUCCUUUGCUGCUUGCAGCACUGUAGAAUGCAUUCCACCUGUACUAGAUGACUUGCCUAUGUUUGGUGAUUGCUUUGUCUGUAUUACAAUCCUGUCUGAAACUUGCCACUCAUUGUAACUUUCAUGUUGUCCACUUUCCUUAUAAAGGUAUGAAGUAUUAUUCUUAAGCCACGCCAUUGCUUCUCCAUGAAGUUUACCCUUUCAGUCCUUAAUUAGGACCAAUACUUUCCCUCACUAACCUCUUGCACAUUAAGUAGAUUUAACCUCAGAUUUUAUGAACCUACUUGCCACUCCAUUUGUGCAAACAUUGCAAUUGGAAAUAUGCAUAUGAUGUUGGAUAAAUAUCUGCUGAAACAUUUCUGGAAUACUUCUGCAGCUGAAAAAUAAAUGUUAACACCAGCCAAAAUGCUUUAUUUUGAAAGGAGACCAUGGAAGAAAAAUCUCCCAAAUAUUGCAGGAAUUUUAUUUUUAUCAAAUGGCUAAAUAAUCUCAAAUAUUUUAGGGAAUAUACCUUUGACAGCAUGGCUCAGUUGGUAAUAUUCUUGCCUUGGUGGAAGGUUAAAUUUAAUGCACUGAUACUAUAGCUCUGAGCGAACACUGAAUAGGCUGAAGUUCUUUUGGAGGCUGAAAGGAGAUGUAAUGGAAGUGUGUAUGUAUAUAUAAAACAAGUGGCCUAGAUAGAGUGGAUAGGAAGUACUUAUUUUCCUUAGCAGGGAGGUCAAUAUCUAGAGAGCUAUGAAUUAAAAAUAAUUAGUAGAAGUAUUAGAGGGGAGAUGAGAAGAAAUAUUUUCACCCAGAGAAUGGCAGGAAUCUGGAACUACAUGAGCAGAUUCUAGAGGCAGAAUUUCGCAUUACAUUUAAAAAGCUGUUCUUAAUGUUGCAAGGUUACAGACAAAGUGGAAAAUGGGAUCAGUCUAUUUAGCACUUCACACAUGAUGGCCCGAAUGGACUCUGAUGUAAAUUUAUUUGAUUCUAUUGCAACAUUAUAUAACAGGUGUCAAUUUUUGGCAGAAAUGUCAAAUCAUGAACACAUCUGUCUGAUUACGUGCAGUAAAGCUUCGGUGGGUUUGUUCUGUUAAAAAAAAUGACACAUGGAUUCACUCAGCUAAAGAAAACAAAAUGUACAAUUACUGCCAGGUUGUGCUUGGGAUGGACAUAGAGUUCCUUUCUGAAGGUACCUUUGAGGUGAAAAUAUUUUUCAGUGAUGUGUAUAUGUAAAUUUUAGAAAAUAAAUGCAGUGUGUGUAUUCACUCUUGUAAAUG